AAGAGCGGGUAUGGCUGUAUUUCAAAGUCACUGUCCGGAGCAGACGGACCUUUUGAAGUGGGACCGAUUCAAAAUCAGAUGUUCCUUGUCAACACUUUCUUCUUACUGUUGGUUUUGGGGAUUCAGAUAAAGUUGAAGGGUAUAUAUGCCCGACCAUCGUCGGACUUCCGUAGAAGUUGUCCGUCAACCGGCAUUCCACAAGGCUCUCAGAGGGGUGUCAAUGUAAGACACGACAAAAAGCCAGUAUUUAAGAUAGAUGUUGGAGGAAUACAGAAACAUGGAUACGAAUCAGGACAACAAUAUGAAAUCAAUGUUUUGGCACAAGACCCUAAUACACAGUUUGGAGAUGUUCUGCUCUGGUUGCAAACAGAAUCGGAUAGAUGCAAAGUUGGAAAACUCGAUGCCACCAAGGGGUUAUAUCUUCAGCCAGAAAACUGUCUACACAUGGUUUUCAAAGACACGAAACCAGCGGCAUAUAAAUUUACUUUCAAGUGGACGGCACCUGCUUGUGGCUGCAUACUUGUCAGAGCUCGUGUGGAAUCUGCUGACAAAAGCGUUUAUUUUAUGGAAGAUGAAGAUGUCGUUACUGGUUACCUGACUAAACGAAUCUGCCCCCAAGAAGGCUCGGUGACAUUAAAACAGAUGUCGAAACAAGAGAAAUACAAGCUUCUCUGUGAAGUAACGGACGGUGCUUCAGCGGAUGAUGUUGCCAGACGGACUUAUGUCCAAACAAGACGAAAGGUGGACUUUAGUAAAAUGCCAUGGAUUGAACAAGAAGCUUGGAUAUUGGCCUUUGACCAAAGAAUCUUUGAAGUACAGCAGUGUUGUAAAAUGAUUCCCUCUGAGCAAGAGAACUGCUUGUCUGAUGUCAGACGCCACAGGUUAGACAAAUUUUGCGCUUAUGGAGAGUCCAUUGUACCUUUUACAGAUAAAAGAAGAGAUUUUAUGAUCAAGAGGCAGGAUGAAUGCUGCUGGAGGCUAGGCGAAGGGAGGUACCAAUGUUUUUCAAGUGGCCCUAUGGUGGACGGAACAGGUCGCCAUGUUGACGCCAUAGAAAAUAUGGAUGAAUCGGAACCUAUUAAUGAUUUGGAGGAUUUCCAAACAGAAAUUGGUUACAAGAUUGUACAAUCGAAAAAUGAUAUGAAUGAUGACCUUCAAAACAACCCAAUGAUCUUGACAAUGAACGAACCAAAGAAUGAUGACAGCAUUCAGUCAGUUGGCAAGAUUGCCGAUAAUAUAGAAAUUCCCCAUGAUGAAAGUUUUGGGAAAAAUAAAACAGACAAUUACAAUGAAUUGGAAGACGAUGAAAGUGACGAAAAUGAAAACGUCGAUGGAAGCGAAAACUUAUCCAAGGAAGAAAAACAAACGAACAACAAGCAUAAAACUGAUUUAGAUGAAACAGCAGUUAAACUUGUUACAAGUCCAUCUAUACAAAAGAAGGACGACAUCACUACUUUGGCAUCAACUUUUUCAACGGAAACCUCUGAAGUGUUGAAGAGAAAAUUUCAAAGAACUAAGACUAAACUUGAGUGUUGUGAUCUGGGAAAGAAGUAUGGUAUUGGAUACAUCCAUGGUGAUUUUUGGGACAGGUGUGAGAACGAGGCUCACGUUACAGCAAAACAAUACAAAGCCGGAAAGAGACGAUGUAAAAACUUCUUUAUGCGCUGCUGCAUUGAACAUUCAAAAAGGACACUUGUAGACGUUGACGAUGACUCAGAUGACAAUGAAGACGAUACGAAAAGCGAUGAAUUAGAUGAAAGCAAACAAAUUGCGAACAAAACUGAAAACUAUGAGAAGGCAAUAACAAAUGACAAUGAUGAGGAAGUACCGGGCGACGAUGAAAGUGACGAGGACAGUGAUGAUAUCGAUGAUAAUUUACGUAAACGACGAAAGAACAAAAGCAAUCGUAAAAGGAGGAGACGAAAUAAAAAUAAGAAAUCAAGGAAUGAAAAAUCAAGAAAACGAAUCUGACAUUUUAACUUUCUUAAAAGUGACAUUAUAUUGGGUACAUUAAUUUAUUCUUCAUUUGAACCAUGGUGUACAUUUAAUUCAUUAUUUAUUUAGCAAAUGCAAAAUAUUUGUAUUUGCUCACCUAGAAUCAGCGAUGAGUUAGGGCUAUUCUAUAAAACUUUGAACUAAAUUUCCUAAUUUGAAAUAGAGGCAUAUGUGUUCAAUGAGAUUCACUCAAGACAUUGAGAUUAAAAGAAAGAAUGGGAGAGAAAAAAAGGCACAAGAACAGAGGGAGAGAGAGAAUGGGUGAUUUUGAGAUUGCACGAAUCAAUGAGAAAGAACGUGUUUGCGAGUGAGAAAUAGGGAGAGAGCAACAGUGUUGAACACUUUUUUGUUUUGUUGAUUUUAUAUUUGCAUGAAAUGCACUUUACAAGUAAAAUUAUUCACAAUA